CCAUAGUUCGAAGACGCCCUAGGAGCGCUCUUCCUUUUCUCAAUCGAGAGUCGAGCCCAGUGACCGACUCCGGUUGCCUCGGAACCGUCCAAAGGUCCAAAAUAUAGUGGUGGAAAUGGGGAAGAUUAUGAAGCCAGGGAAGGUGGUGUUGCUCCUAGGUGGACGUUAUGCAGGGCGGAAGGCCAUCAUUGUGAAGAACAAUGAUGAAGGGAGCUCUGAUCGUCAGUAUGGUCAUGCGUUGGUGGCUGGGAUUGAUAGGUAUCCCAAGAAAGUUACAAGACGCAUGUCUAAGAAGAAAAUUUCCAAGCGCUCCAAGAUCAAGCCCUUUAUCAAGGUGGUGAAUUAUACGCAUCUUAUGCCCACUCGAUACUCUGCUGACAUCAACUUUGAAAAGAAUGUGGUCAACAAGGAAGCCUUGAAGGAUCCUGUCAAGAGGAGGAAAGCAAGGUUUGCCGUCAAACAAGUCUUGGAGGAAAGGUACAAGACAGGGAAGACCAGGUGGUUCUUCACUAAGUUGAGGUUCUAGAUGGGAAAAAUAAUACUAUUUGCCACCUCAGACUGGGACUCUUUUCUUUCUGAACAUAUUCAUACAUGCUGCAAUGAACCUUCACAUGCAUCAAGACUACUUCAUUGAAAUGACUCAAAUCAGCACCAUCAACUCAAUUCAGCAAUUACUGCUAUACUUGCCAUAAGGAAAAUUUAUUGAAUAUCAUGAAGAG